GUGUGUCUGCUAUAGAGUUCAAGUGAGAAGAUGGCGUUAAACGUGAUCAAGAUCUCUCAAAUCACCUCGAGUGGAACCCACAAGAUCCUAAGCCACACAUCGUUGUCUUACCUCAAGACAUUGUGUCUCUCACCGUGGCCGAGUGUACCGCUGAUUUCUCUCGUAUAUCCGGCAAAGGGCUUCGUCCCGAGGCUGAGUUACGCGCUUUGGUGGCCAAGUUACCAGUUUCCUCUGACUCGGCGCCUGUCCUUUCCCUGCCAGAUCACUCUGUUCCCGAGCCAAGGCUUCUGCAUAGGAACCACCGUCCACCAUGCCGUCAUGGACGGACAAACGGGAGCAAAGUUUCACAAAUCAUGGGCUCAUAUCUGUAAAUAUGGAACCAUACCCCAAGAUUUUAAUUUACCUACGCUUUUAGAUCGUUCCAUCAUCAACGUUCCACCUGGACUUGAACCAAAGAUCCUCGACCUUAUGUCGUAUCUCGACAAAGGUAACGCAAGAAGCUUAAAACUGCCUCUCUUGAAAGAGUUCGACGACGUCGUCCGGAUCACGCUAGAUCUGAGUCAAGAGAACGUCGAAGAACUUAAGGAGAAAGCCAAGAACGAGUCAACGUGCUCUGAUCUUCACUUGUCAACGUUCGUAGUCACGUUCGCGUAUGUAUGGACCUGCAUGGUGAAGGCACGUGGAGGCGAACCAGACCGACCGGUUCGGUUUAGGUACGUUGCUGAUUUCAGAAACCGGUUAGACCCCCCGGUUCCUGAGACCUACUUUGGAAACUGUGUCGUGUCCAUCGUUUUAGAUGAAUAUAAGGCGGAGAUGUUUUUGGGAGAAGAUGGAUUCGUUAAUGGCGUCAAGAUUCUAAGCGAUUCGGUCAAAGGUUGCAGUUCACGAGGGGUUGAGUCAAUAUGGGAGCAGUACGAGGAAGGAAAAAAGAAUUUCAAGGUGGGUACGCAGGUGUUAUCGGUUACCGGGUCUAACCAGUUUGGGAUAUAUGGGUCAGAUUUCGGGUGGGGAAGACCCGUUAAUACAGAGAUUAUGUCCAUUUAUGGGAACAAUCAGAUCUCUAUGUCGGCAAGGAGGGAUGGAACUGGUGGCGUCGAGAUUGGUGUCUCUUUAAAGAAGUGUGAGAUGGAUGCUUUUAUUUCUUUUUUUACAAAUGGACUAGACUACUGAGUAAAAUGGAUUCCGAUUAUUUAUAUUUCUUCAUUGCUAUGUUAUAGUUUUCUAAAAAAAAAAAGUUAUAGUUUUCUGAUCGAAUAUAUA